AAUAAUUCUUUAUUUCUUUGUUCUCUAGAGAUUUAAGUCAUAAUCAUUUAUUAUCAUCUAACUGGAGCAUUGAUUUAUCUGUUCACACGCUACAAGAAGUGAAGAUGAAUUACAAUGAGCUAAGCGAAAUUCCAUACUUUGGAGAAACAACUUCUAAUAUAACUCUUCUCUCGCUGGUACACAACAUAAUCCCAGAAAUAAAUGCUGAGCAGCUGCAAGUUUACCUUUCUUUGGAGAAUCUAGAUCUUAGCUCUAACCUGAUCUCAGAAAUUAAAACUUCUUCUUUCCCGAGGAUGCAGCUGAAGUACCUGAAUCUAAGCAACAACAGAAUAACUACCCUAGAAGCAGGCUGUCUUGAUAACUUAUCUAACUCUCUAGUGGUGGUAAAGCUAAACAGAAAUAGAAUUAGUGUGAUUCCACCAAAGAUCUUCAAAUUACCUCAUGUGCAGUUUCUGGAACUGAAAAGGAACCGUAUUAAAAUAGUGGAAAGUCUUACAUUCCAAGGCUUGGAGUCCUUAAAAUCACUAAAAAUGCAGCGCAAUGGGAUUAGCAGACUGAUGGAUGGAGCAUUCUUUGGCCUGAAUAGUAUAGAAGAACUAGAACUGGAACAUAAUAACUUAACAGAAGUAAACAAGGGCUGGCUGUAUGGUCUACGGACAUUGCAGCAACUCUACGUUAGCCAGAAUGCCAUUAACAGGAUCAGCCCAGAUGCAUGGGAGUUCUGCCAAAGACUUUCAGAACUAGACUUGUCCUACAACCAGCUGACUCGCCUCAAGGAAUCUGCCUUUGUGGGACUUGGUUUAUUGGAGAAGCUAAACCUGGGUGACAACCGAGUUAGUCACAUUGCUGAUGGUGUGUUCAGGGGGCUGACAAACCUUCGAACCUUGGAUUUGCGGAACAAUGAGAUCUCCUGGGCCAUAGAAGAUGCAAAUGAAGCCUUCGCAGGACUCGGCAGGCUUGAUAAACUAAUCUUGCAAGGAAACCAGAUUAAGUCAGUUACGAAGAAGGCAUUCUCUGGCCUUGAAGGACUCGAACAUUUGGACUUGAGCAACAAUGCAGUAAUGUCCAUCCAAGAAAACGCGUUUGCCCAGGCCCAGCUGAAGGAGCUGAUUCUGAACACCAGCAGCUUGCUUUGCGAUUGCCAGCUGAAGUGGCUGCCUCAGUGGCUCGCUGAGAAGCACUUGCAGCAGGCUGUGAAUGUUAGCUGUGCUCACCCCGCAUGGCUAGCGGGACAAAGCCUUCUCAGCGUGGACCCUGGUGACUUUGUCUGUGAUAACUUCCCUAAGCCGCAGAUAAGAGUACAUCCUGAGAGCACGAUUGCUCUGCGAGGCAUGAACAUCACCCUGACUUGCACUGCUGUGAGCAGCAGUGAUUCACCCAUGUCCACGGCCUGGCGUAAGGACAGUGAAGUGCUGUAUGAUGCAGAGGUUGAGAAUUUUGCCAGGUAUCAGCAGCAAAGUGAUGAGGUGGUUGAGUAUACCACCGUCCUGCAUCUCUUCAACGUGAAUUUCACUGAUGAAGGAAAAUACCAGUGCAUCGUCACCAACCACUUUGGCUCCAAUUAUUCCAGCAAAGCUAAACUGACAGUUAAUGAGCUGCCUUCCUUCCUGAAAACCCCCAUGGAUCUCACUAUCCGCACGGGGGCCAUGGCCCGGCUGGAGUGCGCCGCAGAGGGCCACCCUACGCCCCAGAUCUCCUGGCAGAAAGAUGGGGGCACCGACUUCCCCGCCGCACGAGAGAGGAGGAUGCACGUCAUGCCUGAGGAUGACGUGUUCUUCAUCGCAAACGUGAAAAUAGAAGACAUGGGCAUCUACAGCUGCAUGGCGGAAAACAGCGCGGGAGGUUUGUCAGCAAACGCCACGCUGACUGUGUUAGAAACUCCCUCGUUCGUGCGGCCGCUGGAGGACAGGACGGUGAGCAGGGGGGAAACGGCCGUGCUGCAGUGCAUCGCCGGUGGCAGUCCCGCCCCGCGCCUCAACUGGACUAAAGACGACGGCCCUUUGAUGGUGACGGAGCGGCACUUCUUCGCCGCCGCUAAUCAGCUCCUGAUCAUUGUGGAUGCUGGCCUGGAGGACGCCGGGAAGUACACGUGCAUCAUGUCCAACACCUUGGGCACCGAGCGUGGCCACAUCUACCUGCACGUCCUGGCCUCCCCGAACUGCGAUUCUUCCCAGAGCGGCAUCAUCCACGAGGAAGACGGCUGGACGACGGUCGGCAUCGUGAUCAUCGUUGUGGUGUGCUGCGUCGUGGGAACGUCCCUCGUGUGGGUUAUUGUGAUCUACCACAUGAGGAGGAAGAGUGAGGAUUACAGCAUCACUAACACAGAGGAGAUGAACCUGCCUGCAGACAUUCCCAGCUACUUAUCCUCGCAAGGCACGCUGUCGGAGCCCCAGGAGGGCUACAGUAACUCGGAGGCAGGGAGCCACCAGCAGCUCAUGCCCCCGGCUGGUGGCUACGUGCAUAAAGGCACAGACGGUGGCACAGCACCGCUGGUGAUCUGCUCAGACUGCUAUGACAAUGCAAACAUCUACUCCAGGACGCGGGAAUACUGUCCCUAUGCCUACAUCACAGAAGAGGACGCUCUUGAUCAAACGCUCUCGAAUCUCAUGGUGCAGAUACCCAAGGAAGCGUACGCAGCGCGCAGCCAGCACGACACCAGCGCGCUCGAGAAUCUUAUGGCAGACAGGGACGUGUCUGUCUUCCUCACCAACCACGACAGAAUAAGUGAGAAGAAAAUCUCUUCGCAGCAGGUGAAUGAACCUUUUCAGGUUCCUGUAUGGGGAGUGAACAAGGACCUAGGGCUGUCUCAUUCGCACUUUCUGCACCAGCAGUCGGCCCGUGAGACCCCUCGGCCUCUCCGAAGCGAGGGCGUUGGCGACGGUGGCCGGGAACAAGCUGCUUCACCCAGACCUUGCCACAGGUUACGUGAACAUAACUUUGAUUUUAAUAGGACACGGAACAUUCAGGACCAUAGUGAAACCACAUAAGGCACUAAAAUGAAGUCUUGGAAGCAGCUCCCUCCAAAGUGACUUUUUGUAUUUACUACCUCAGGACUAACCCUAAGGCCAAAGAUGCUUUCGUACACGUCUGCAAUUACGGGCUGACUAAACCAAGACAGACUCCCUAGGAGGAGGUGGUACAUGCCCUUUUUCCUUGGAUUCAUGUGCAUUGGAAAAUGGGAAUGUGCAACAGCGCACAUAAUAGUGAUAUCCACAUCAAUAGCUUAAAACAUGAUUUUUCUGAUGUUGGAAACAGCCUUUGUGUUAGUGCAUGCUUUGAAAAUCUCUCAAGAAUGCCUAGCUAUUUCACGCUGCAUUGUCUGCUUGAAAACAAAUGUUCAGGGCCUCCUCGUGGAAUUCCCCAGUAAUUGUGAGCAUAAGACUCUUGGCCGGCUUUUCGUUCUUUAGACUGUUGGCAGGAGGCUGUUAUCAGUCUAACUUUGGGUUGUUUUCUCCUAUGAGUAAUGGACUCUAGUUGUAAAUAAAUUUGCAUUUAUAAAUAUUUUGUAUACACUAAGCAUAUAAAUGUGUUGGCUGUAAUGUAAAUAUAUUUUCUAUUAUGCCAAAGUAUGUAUCAUACUGUUAGUCUCAGCAGCUGCAUAUCAAACCAUAGUUUCUGGUGGAGGUUGAGGGAUUGAGAGCUUGUUUCUGAGGGGAUAGAGCUGUUUGUUCGUUUUGCUUUUUUUGAUUGUUUGUUCACUUCGGAAAGAAGUGGACACGCUGUGGGUAUGUGGUGAAACUGUGAUAUUGCUGAAUUUCAUUGUUACAUACAAUUCUGUAUGCAUUAAGCAUGGCUGAUCUGACUGCAAGCUGAUCCAUUUCAUUACCUUAGCAGAAUUCCAAGCCUGGCCAUUACGUGUGGAGAGAAUCCUUGAAUCUGUCUAUUAGGCCCCUUCUUUUCCAAUAAAGUAUAAUGCCCAACAGAUCUGCCUUAAGCUAGGCUGUAUUUGCCCCUGGGGACUCCCAGGCCUUCCUGUAAAUAGUGAGCACAGGACUAGUGCACAAAAUGAUGUCUCUUUCUGCCCAGCUGUUAAAUAUCUGCAAGAAGGCAGUGUAAGUUCUGAGCUGCUCAUGUUUCAAAAGUUAUCUAAGCUUUUAUCUUUAAAAGGCUCUCAUAUUGUGUAAAUAGAGUGUGUACUCUGCAUUGCAGAGAGGUCCCUAUUUUUCAUGACUGACAGUUUAUCAGCAAACUUAAAAGAAUGUCAUGAUGAAAAGCGUUGGGUGGCUUGGAGGAGCAUUUGAUCAAUAGUCGGUGCACUUCACUAUAUGGAUUUUCUGUUUCCUCUGCAGAGCCAAGAGGAAAAGGUAGUUUUAAAAGCUUAUGCUUUUUUCUGUCGUAAAGUAUAAAGAAAGUUCUUACCCCGUUGACCUCUCUAAUAGUUCCCUCGACCUCAUAGUGACUAAAACGUUAAAAAAUAUUUGACGAGUGAGAAAUAAAACGACACAGGGCAAGGAUGCUCUGUACCGAAAAUGCAGUGCUAGCUGAGAGGCAGUAGCAGGCACGGCAGCUUCAGUACCCGCAGUGGGGAGCGCCUGGCAGCGAGGAGGAGGAACGUCCUGGAUGUGGCAGGCAGGUCCUCGUCCCUGCACAAAGGUACCUGUGCAGGGGUGCUAAUGGUCUAGUCAGUGCUGGCUCUGCAGCAAGGCACCUGGAGCUGGGGUGCUCUCAGGGUUAUGCUGUAGCUGUCCAAACCCACAUUCCUGAAGAGCAAGGGCUUCUUCCCUAGUCCUUCUUGCAAACCCCACACCUCCUCAAACCAUAGAAUAUCUGCUGUGUCCUGCUGCAUUGGGGACUUUUAUAAAGACAGAGAAAGGAUUUUGGAUCAGCCUGAAAGAUCUGUAUAAGAUUCCCUUUUAGCCCAUUCCUACAUGGGAGGGGCUGUGAUUGCACAAUUGCAGCUGAAGUUUUUGAGUCUGUGGAUUAGUUGAGUGAGUGAGGAAGAAGGUGGUAAUAAUUAUUUUCACAUUAUUUGGGCAUGGAUAAUAAUCAGAUGCAGAGAAAUGAGCACAGAUUUUGCCAUGCUCUCAAAGCAACCAUUUGAUAGCCAGCACCUUUAGCAGAAAGAGGAUUCAGAAUUGUCCUUGACCUUUGGAGAAAGUGGAGAGAAAUGUCGGUGUGUGAAACUCUUUGGCUUUGACAUCUGAAAUAUUUUCAGGCAUUGGAUGUAACAUGCAUGCUAAAAGAAGACUCAAGUUCUUUUCUGUAUUUAUUUCCUCCAGGCCUUUUUCCAGACCGCAUCAAAGACAUAGUACUUAUUUCACAAACUUACCUCUGUUGCUGGAACCUGCCACUAUCAGAGUUUAUAUUUGGGUGAGAAAUGUCAGGUUAUGAAACAGCAGCAGCAGAAAAAAUCUCCUCCUUCUGGGCUACUUGCUGCUUUGUUCAAAUAUUCAUAUAGGGUAACGUGGCAGAGUUGCACUUUGGCGUGUGCAGAGCCAUGAUUUCCUGCCAGCAGAGGAGUAGCAUCCACCCUGCUGCUGCUUUGUCUCCCUUCACUGUUUGACAAAUGCUGGUUACUUCAUUUUUUACUUCCUUCUCUCUGUUUUGUGGAGUAGAGCUAACGUGGAUUUCCCAAGUGUCAGAAGACUCCAUUGAUGUGGAAGUACAUGGGAACAUCCAGACCUUUCGUGUACUUCAGGCACCUUCUAGUAUGAUCAGGUUCACCUUAGGUAGGUAAGAUGUGCUUGGCUAGGACCAAACUGUGGUGUUAAUGCUGU